AUGCUCGAUCAAGUCCGAGCGGAGUUCAACAGAUGGAAGCGUGAGGAAGGAACUGACCGACCCACUGGCCGAUCUAGCAACCUGCUCCGAACACCCUUUACGCACAAGCUCAUGAGUGAGCCUUAUCCGAUAGACCCCUUUACGCACAAGCUCAUGAGUGAGCCUUAUCCGAUAGACCUGCGCGUUCACAAGCUCAUGAGUGAGCCUUAUCCGAUAGACCUGCGCGUUCACAAGCUCAUGAGUGAGCCUUAUCCGAUAGACCUGCGCGUUCCUGGAGACAAAGAGUACGCUGGCAGGUCGGACCCCGAACAGCAUGUCAACCUCUAUUAUGGUAACAUGCUCAUGAUGGGGGUAUCCGAGGCCGUCAUGUGUAGGGCGUUUUACUCCACGCUCACCGGGAGAGCUGCAGAGUGGUUCCGCACCCUAGAACCAGAGUCCAUCUCGAAUUUCCGAGACCUAGCCCAGAGGUUUGUCGAUCGUUUCGCCAUGGCCAAGACCGUGAAGAAACAUUUCUCUCAUUUGGAAAACGCCAAACAGUUAGACGGGGAGCCGCUCUCUGUCUUUAUCGAGCGAUGGAAUAAGGAAAUGUCGGAAAUAGAACCCGUAGAUGACGUAACUGCCACCAACUUGUUGUUGAACUCGCUAAGAGCGGGAAACCUAUACCAGGACCUAAUACUCCGGCCGCCGACCUGCUACGAAGACGCUGUGCGCAGAGUAGUGGCUUACGCUACGGCCACGGAGGCGAACUCAGCUAAGAGGUUGAUGGAGACCGGGGGGUCGAGGAGGGAUCAGGGCCAGAGAGACCGACGCCCGAACAAUCUGCGACAGAAAGAUCGCGAUGGAAAUCCGAUUUACACCCCGCUGAACAGGCCGGUUGCGGAGGUCUUGCAAUUCGCCCAAAGUUGUCAUCUGAUCCAGUUGCCCGCCCCGGCGAGAGAUGGACCGGAUAAGGAGAAGUACUGUGCGUAUCACCACAAUCGGGGACAUGACACCGAAGAGUGUCAUGUGCUUAAAGGUCUGAUCGAAGACCUGCUACAAACCGGGGAAUUGGCCCAGUUCGCCGAAAAGAGGAAGAAGAACCGGCGUGGAUGGAGGAAAGAUUUCAAAAAAGAUAAGGACAAGAAAGAUAAAGACCCCGACCUCGAUAGGGAACCUCCGGCAGCCGCUCGAAAACAAGUUAUUCAUGUGAUAUUCGGAGGACCGGAAGGUGGCGACACUGCUGAAAACCGGCGUAACUGGGCUCGAGAUCUACACGUGGCCCUAGUCGAUGAGUCAAAUCCGGAGAAAAGGGUGAAAGUGGAGCCUAUCGUGUUCACCAAUCAUGACUUGCCGAGCAGCCCCAACUGCACGACCGAAGCGUUGGUGGUAACCAUAGACAUCAACGGCGUCGACGUACAGAGAGUCAUGGUGGAUACGGGGUCGAGUGUGAAUGUUAUGUACCUAGACGUCUUCCGAAAGCUUCAGUUAGAUCGGUCCCAGUUAAUGCCUGUCAGGACACCGCUCUCGGGUUUUACAGGAGCAAUGGUCUAUCCGGAAGGAGUCAUCCGACUGCCCGUAGAGGUUGGGACCGUCCCGAGAGCGCUCCAGGUGACCAUGGAGUUCGUCGUCGUUGACUUGGCGUGCGUUCAUAACGCCAUCUUAGGCAGGCCGGGGAUAUCGCAGCUCGGCGCGAUAAUAUCAAUGCCGCACCUAUGUAUGAAAUUCCAGACUCCGGAAGGUGUAGGCACGGUCAGAGGAGACCCUCAAUCGGCGAGGCGAUGCUAUGUCCGGGCUGUACAGAAACAAGAUACCAGCACGUCUCGGGUGAACACUAUCAAUAAGAAGGGAGACGCCCGAGUCGAACGUCCCGAACCGUCGGAAGAGGUCGAGUUGGUACCGCUAUCGGACUCUCGACCGGAACGUACUGUGAAGAUUGGCUCGGCCUUAUCGCCAGAUUUACGGACCGCAAUCAUCGCCGUCCUUCAGGAAUACGCCGACAUCCUGGCCUGGGGACCGGAAGAUAUGCCUGGGAUCGACCGCCAGACAAUAUGCCAUAGGUUAGCCGUACGCCCGGGCUCUCGACCGGUCAAGCAGAAGUAG